UAGGAACUUUAGCACGUGCUACCUUACGCAUGUGAUUUAAAUGUCACGCGACCGCAGUAGUUGCAGUGCAAGGAUGGAGAACGGGCGGGGAAAAACUGAUUUUAGCGAUUUUGUAGCGAUUCACAAAAGCCAGCUUGAGAUAUCAGGAGUACCGGAAACGUUCUGGCACAGUAUAUACAACAAACUUGAAAAUCAGUUGUUUGAUGCUGGGCAGAGGUUUAUGCUUACAUACUUGGAAGAGGAAGAUGCCAAGAACGAAGGAGAUAAAACUGGGGGCGGGGACAGUGGGGAGGCGGAGACGGCGACUGAAGCUGUUCCUCCAAAGUUGAGGGUGGUUGUCAGUGAUGAGGAAGGCAUUGAUGCGUCUAAUGAAGACAGUAUCUAUCUCAUAGACCAUGCCUGGACGUACCGCUUCAUUGAAGCCAGAAUGCAGCUACAGCAGGUACCAGGCCUUUUGUCUCGGAUGAUGAAUUUGAUGGGCAUUACUCAAACCGAGGGACAGGACCGGGACGAAUGCAUCAACAAAGUUCUCGCAGAGUCGUGGAAGUACAGCCGCACUUACAGCAUGAACGCACAGGGCCUGAAAGCAGAAGACAGGCAGCCAAUGUGGUACAUACUAGAUGAGUUUGGUUCUCGAAUACGUCAUGACGAUACCCCAAGCUGUAGACUGGUACCCUUCUUCUAUAUUCCUGAACAGAUUGCAUACUCAUUACUCUUUCCACUCCAAGAUCUAGAGUACGGUGAUGACGUCACAGUGGACUACGCAUUCCCACUCCAAGACCCGCUGUUGCGUCAGGUUCGUCUGUUGCCAUGGCAACCAAACGACCUGACCCAUAUAAGCCCCGAGCAGCCCGAACCCGACCUGGACUACAUGACCCGCGUCUGUAAUAACACCAACCCAGAGGUCGGGGAGAGUCCUGUCCUACGCGAUGUCACCGGAAAACUCAAGGUUUACAGCGAUCAUAAGCAGACGCUUGCCAACUUGCACCAUCCGCAGUUUGAGUUUGUGGACAAGGAAGAAGACGCGGAUGUCCUGUUUCUGGAAAGUUCCUUCAGAGAUUUCAGAAAGCUUUCCAAUGAGACUCACCAGUAUGUCAAUCAGUUCCCCGGAGAGAAAUUGAUUGUUACCAAGGAUAUGCUAGCACUCACGUCCAGAGAAUCAGGAAAGCACCAAUCAGGGGCGAGCUGUUGUCCAAAAUGGCUGCCGGUGACCUAUGACCUCUGGAACAACCUGCCCCAGUUUGUGUCGUACUUCCAGCAGCAACAGAAAAAAGGAGCACUCAAUAUAUGGAUCUGUAAGCCAUUUAAUCUGGCGAGAGGUUUGGAUACCACGGUAACCAACAAUCUCAAUCAGAUCAUCCGACAGACAGAAACAGAUAUACCUAAGGUUGCGUGUGAGUACCUGACUGAUCCGGUUCUCUUUGUCCGUGAUGGCAUCGGUCCAGUCAAGUUUGAUAUCCGCUACGUUGUGAUGUUCACGUCAGUCAAACCUCUCAAAGUUUACGCCUACAAGAUUUUCUGGCUUCGAUUCGCAAACAAGCCUUUUUCGUUGGACAAUCUGGACGACUACAACAAGCAUUUCACCGUCAUGAACUAUGCCACGGAGGAACCAGGGGAAAACUUCUUCCAGAUGCUAUGGCAUGAGUUUCCAGGUCACUUCAACAAGCAGAAUCCUGACUUUGAUUGGGACGAAGUCGAGGCCAGCAUUCACGAUAUGAUUCGUGAGUUCUUCCAGGCGGCAGUGUCCAAACCACCGCCUCGAGGGAUCACUCAUUGUCCAUGGUCAAGGGCAGUGUAUGCACUGGAUAUCAUGCUGAAAUGGGACACUGAUGACACAGGGAAGAAAGUCAUGCAGCCGGUCUUGCUGGAGUGUAACUUUAUGCCGGACUGUGAGAGAGCUUGUUGGCAUCGGAAGGAGUUCUUCGAUGACAUCUUCAGCACGCUGUUCCUGGGAGACAUCAAGGACAGACCUGUUAAGGAGCUUUGCUAACAGGUACCCAUUUACUCCUGGGUGGAGAGAAGCAAUGAGUGACAAAGUGCCUUGCCCAAGGGCACACGCACCAUAGCCGCAGGCUGGACUCGAACCCACAACCUGUAGCUUUACCUGCAGACACAGCACUCCUCUCAUUGUUCUAUAUACAUACAAAUGUAUAUAGUUUUUGGGUGUCAGAACAGGGGGGGGGGGGAGGGUCGACUCCCCAAAUAUACCCUUCCCCUUGGAAUCCAUGCCUGACACCAGACCAUUCUUGAGCUAGAGGUUGCUGGCAUGAGGCUUGCCCCAAAUCAUGUGAUAUAGUAACAGUCUCUUUGGUCUGGAGAAUUCGAAGUAAUGUGCCAAGCAUUAUGAGCAAGUCAGCAUACCAGAUGUUAUUUAAAUUUAACUCGCAAAUGGCUUAUUCCAUACAAAAUUGUUGAAAUGUUCUCCCAACUAGCGAAAAAAAUUAAGUACUGAAAAUGGAAGUCGUUGUUGUUCAGCACCCAUCAGCCGUUUUGAAGUAUGGCGGACACAAUACAAGGGCGUGCUUUGGAGUGGGCUGAACUCUUUUUGUAAAUACCCAAAUUUACCCACUUCACAUAGCACCCUGCUAUUGUGUUCGCCAUACUUCCAGAAAGCUGAUAUUUGUGUAGCUUGUUGUGUGGGACAGUGUAUUAACUAAUUUUGGAAAUCCUUGUUUGGUCCACUAAUAGUAUUUUAAUAAUACAUUAAUUAAUCUGCGCAGAUUAAUCAAGUACUUGUGAUUGCACACAAUUCCAUAAAAUUACUUUAUCUUUUUGGAGCCUUUAUGAGAUUUAUGAUAUAUAUAAAUUUUCAACCUGUUACAAUGAUUUUGUAAAUUGUGGUUUAUAUAUUCCAAACCCAAACUACCACUGUUGGUAAUCAUCAAUGCGAGUUGUUCUAUGUAAGUAUGGACGCAAAUGACUAAAACACUUACUUUUAUUGGAUUUAAUUUAAAGUACAUGUACUUUGAAACAGAUAAUAAACAGGCAACUUCAGAAACA